AUGCGUAUAGAAACUUGUUAUUUUUGCUCUUCCAGGAUUUAUCCUGGCCAUGGGAUUCAAUUUGUGAGAAAUGAUUGCAAGAUUUUCAGAUUUUGCCGUUCAAAAUGUCACGCAGCAUUCAAAAAGAAGAAGAACCCACGUAAAACUAAAUGGACUAAAGCUUUCCGUAAAACGGCAGGCAAGGAAUUAGCAAUUGAUCCAUCAUUUGAGUUUGAAAAGCGUCGACACGCUCCAGUCAAAUACAACAGAGAAUUAUGGACCAAAACCAUCGAGGCAAUGAAGAAAGUGGAAGAAAUUCGUCAGAGACGCUCUAAUAAUUACAUAAUGCAGAGAUUGAGGAAGGGCAGGGAAGUGGAAUGGCAGAGAGAUGUUCGGGAAGUCCAAAGAGAUAUUUCAUUAAUACGAUCUCCAGCAGCUGGCUUAAAACAGAGGCAAGCUCUAGAAGCAGCUGAUAUGGAAGUUGAACCUGAAACUAUCGAGGUUGUUGAUGCUAAAGGAAGAAAACAGGUCAUCGAGGCUCCAGUGGUGGUACCCGCUACUUCAGAAAUGUUAAUUGAUGGAGGAGAAGUUGAUUUGUAA